AUGGAUAAGAGUUGGAUGAAGAAGAGUAGAUUGUCAAGAGAUUAUAUGCAAGGGAUUAAAGAAUUUUUAGAGUUUGCUUCUCACAAUGUAUCUAAUGAUAGAACAAUUUCAUGUCCAUGUAUGAGAUGUGUGAAUUCAUACAUGUUGACCCUAGAAGUUGUACAUGAUCACUUGGUAUCCUAUGGAAUUAGUCCGGGUUAUAAUUGUUGGUAUCUUCACGGGGAAAUUAUGUCUGCAACGACUUCUAGUAGAACUAGUCAAAGCCAUGAAGAAAUACGACCUGAGUAUGGUGAUAUACGUGACAUGUUGCGGGACGUGUUUCCCAUGCACACCCAAAAUAUAGAUGAAUAUGCAGAAGAAAGUAAUUUACCAGAACCAUCUGAUCAAGGUCCAAGCAUGCAACGACCUCAAGAAGAUCCUAAUGAAGAGGCACAAAAAUUUUACGACUUACUGAAAGAUGCUGAGAAGCCUUUGUAUGAAGGGUGCAAGAAUUUUAGCAAGUUGUCAGCAAUUGUGCAUCUGUAUCACUUGAAAUGUCUUAAUGGAUGGAGCAACCACUCAUUCACAAUGUUGCUUCAAAUUUUGAGAGAUAUGCUUCCUUCAGAUGCAAAUUUGCCGAAAGCCUCUUAUGAUGCCAAGAAGAUUAUUAAGGAUUUAGGUCUCGGUUAUGAAAAGAUUCACGCUUGUCCUAAUGAUUGUAUGUUAUUUUGGAAAGAACAUGCAAAUGAUGAAGUGUGUCAUUGUGGUGCUUCAAGGUGGGCAACAAAUGAGAAUGAUUUGCAGCAUAAUAUGAGUACUUCAUCUAAAAAGAGAAAGAAAAAGGCUGCAAAGGUUUUACGGUGGUUUCCCUUGAAGCCUCGAUUGCAGAGAUUGUUCAUGUCUUCAAAAACUGCUGCUUCUAUGAAAUGGCAUGCUGAAGGUCGUACAAAUGAUGGCAUAAUGAGGCAUCCUGCCGAUUCUAUGGCUUGGAAAACAUUCGACUCUCAAUAUGUAGAUUUUUCCUUUGACUCCCGCAAUGUCAGGUUGGGGUUGGCAGCAGAUGGAUUUAACCCUUAUGGGAAUAUGAGUACUAGUUAUAGUAUAUGGCCGGUCAUAUUGGUCCCAUAUAAUUUGCCUCCAUGGAUGUGCAUGAAAAGAUCUUCUUUCAUCCUAUCAUUGCUUAUUCCUGGUCCGAGCUCCCCUUCGAAUGACAUAGAUGUGUAUAUGCAGCCUUUAGUUGAAGAAUUGAAGGAAUUAUGGGAUGUUGGAGUACAAACUUAUGAUAUUUCUUCCAAAGAGAACUUUCAAAUGCGUGCAGCUCUAAUGUGGACUAUAAAUGACUUUCCCGCAUAUGGUGAUUUGUCUGGUUGA